GCACAAAGCACAGCGGUUGGGUUAGAGUUAGCUGCAAUUAAAACCAUUAUGAGCAGUAGUAAGAAGAUGAAGACAUACAAUUUCCAUUCAGAAUGGGAAGACCAAUAUUUCUUUACAGAAGUUAAAGGUUUUUUUUCUGGUUACCAUCAUAAUUUUUGGGACCGAGGCAAGCAGCCCCUGCCCAGUGACGUGCCCACUACUGGCUUCCCUUUUUUUGUUCUUUUUAACCUGGGAUACAUCUCGGCUGCGCCUAGCCGUAACUGGGAGAAGACCUCCGCCCAGAUAAGUGUAGUUUAGGCGUAAAACAUAUAUGUAAAGCGUAUACCAUGGUAAACGCCAACUAAUUUUAUUUUGCUGUAGUUUUUUUUUGGUAAUAUC